AUGUGGCUUAUGGACUUGGGAGCGGUGGGCCCUGGGAUCCGGGAGGAGAGGAAGAUAAAGGGGCUGACCCAUUUUGCUUUGUCACAGCUGCGCCGCGAAGCUCGCCUGCGCCGCGAAUACUUGUAUCGCAAGGCCCACGAGGAAGCACGGCGAGCCGCCUGCGAGAGGAAGGAGAGGCUCCGGCGCGCGCUUGAAGAGAACCGCUUGAUUCCCACUGAGUUACGCCGGGAGGCUCUAGCCUUACAGGGAUCCCUGGAGUUUGAAGAUGCUGGUGGUGAAGGUGUAACCAGCCAUGUAGAUGAUGAAUAUCGAUGGGCAGGGGUUGAGGAUCCCAAGAUCAUGAUCACCACUUCCCGAGACCCCAGUUCCCGCCUCAAGAUGUUUGCAAAGGAGCUAAAGCUGGUGUUCCCAGGUGCACAGCGCAUGAACCGAGGCCGGCAUGAGGUGGGUGCACUGGUGCAAGCCUGCAAAGCCAAUGGAGUCACUGACCUGCUGGUUGUUCACGAGCACCGGGGCACUCCUGUGGGGUUUAUUGUCAGCCACCUGCCCUUUGGCCCCACUGCAUACUUCACACUAUGCAAUGUCGUCAUGCGGCAUGACAUCCCUGACCUGGGUACUAUGUCAGAAGCCAAGCCUCAUCUCAUCAUGCAUGGAUUCUCCUCCCGCCUAGGCAAGCGGGUCUCUGACAUCCUGCGGUACCUGUUCCCUGUGCCCAAAGAUGACAGCCGCAGGGUCAUCACCUUUGUAAACCAGGAUGACUACAUUUCUUUCCGGCACCACAUCUAUAAGAAGAUGGACCGCCACAACGUGGAGCUGACUGAGGUUGGGCCUCGCUUUGAGCUGAAGCUGUACAUGAUUCGCCUGGGCACACUGGAGCAGGAGGCCACAGCUGAUGUUGAGUGGCGCUGGCACCCAUACACCAAUACUGCACAUAAGAGGGUCUUCUUGAGUGCUGAGUGA